AUGGCCUACAAUGACGAAGCUUUGAGAGCUAAGCUGGCAACAUUGAACGAGACACAAGAGAGCAUAGUUUCAGUGUCCCAAUGGAUCGCUUUCCAUAGACGCUACGCCGACAAAAUAGCCCAGGUCUGGCUCACGAAACUGAAAGACUCACCACCACCCAAGAGGUUGAACUAUGUCUAUCUUGUCAAUGAUAUUGUUCAAAACGCUAGAGCUCGAAAACGAGCUGAAUUUCCAAAUGCCUUUUCGCCCAUUAUCGCCGAGGCAGUCCAGCAAGCAUAUCGAUCCUCACCAACUGAUAUCCAAGGAAAACUGAAGCGUCUGCUUGAGGUGUGGAAAACUCGAAAUGUCUUCGAACCUAGCAUUCUCGCUGCUAUUCAGGCUCGAGUUGACGAUGUGGACAACUCGAAACCAGCCUCUGGAAAGAAAACGCUCAUGGGCAACUCUCUCUUCAACUCGUCAACUGGUACUGGCAUGCCAAAAGAGCUUGAAAGCCUUGGCCCUCUUCAAACUGCUGUCACUAAAUCAGACUUCACGACCCGACCAGUCGUGGAUAUGGCUCAAGCUGAGUACAACAAAAUCAAUGAUCCAAGCACAACUAAACCCAGCGCUCCCGUCUAUGCUGCCAAUCUCUCUAGCCUGAUUAAGAAGCUGGCAAGUGCAGAAGCGAGUCUCACAGAAACGAUUACAGCUAGGAAAGCCCUCGUCGCUGACCUGAGAAGGUUACUGGACUUGAACGAGGCAGCUCUAAGCAAGGAUGAAGCUCUCUUCGUGGAUCUAUCCGCCAAGCGCGCAGCAGAAGAAACAAAUAAGAGGGACGUCGAGGAUAGCAUCAUGCGUGGACUUGCAGAAACCCAGCAAGAGAUUGACGAUAACCUACCACUUAACGACACACGACCCGACGUCGAAGAGCUCACUCCAGAGCCUGAUGAUACUCCAAUUCCAGAAGAGAUCGAAGUUUCCGCGCCACGGAACCCUAACUUGCAAGGCAUCUUGGCGGGCUUUGGAACCUCAGACGAUAUAUCAGGCACCAUGCCUGUCACCAACGGAGCAGGUCCUUCUUCAAGCAAGAAGCGGAAGCUCUCACACGAUCAGUACAUUACACAAGACGCUUCGUUCCCUGAUCUUGGAGAAAUGGGAGUGACUGGCUUCGAUGGAAAUUAUGACAAUACAGCUGCUAGUAUCUCACCAGUCCCAGGAAUGACCAUUGAGACACCUGGGUUUGCCUCCUCGCUUGAGCAGGACGUAGAGGCACUGAUCAGAGCCAACAGUGGCGGUACAGCGGGAUAG